UAGGUUGGACGUUAAGCUAUGUAAAACUGUGUGUACCUAUGCGGUAUGGUGGGUGACCGGCAGGUGCCUACACACAUCCAUAGACAAUCAUGGGUUGGCAGUACGGCGAGAGUGUUCGAACCGCGAUCGCGUUAUACUGGUGCGCGGGCCAGAUAACAACGACGGCGGCGUCGGCGUGCGGCGGUCGAUCAUCAUCAUCAUCAUCAUAUUAUUAAUAUUAAACGUCAGUGCUGCGAUCAACAGGAAAUAACAAUUAUUAUAAUACAUUAUUAUCAUCAGUAUUAUUAUUAUUAUUAUUCUUUUUAUUACUACUUCUACUAUUAUUAUUAUUAUUAUUAUUAUUAUUACAAAAUUAAACCUCGUGAUAUCGCCGUGUGUAGUGCAACAUAAAAUACUGUUCACGGCGGUUAGAUGGCCGUCAGUCGCAGUGCUUGAUCGUAUUAUAUAUGUGUGCGGUGGUCAUAAACGCGGAACGCCGAACCGCCACAGUCGUUAUUUACCAAAAUCCAACACUAUAAAAUAUUAAAAUGUCCUAAGAUAUUAUAAUUAUUAUUUUUAUUAUCAUCGUCGUCAAGUUCCGAAGACAACGUGAAAGCGCAAGAACCUAGGAAAGAUCUUGUUGAUCCAAUAAAGCCGGACCACUGUCAGCGUCCAGAAUAGCCGUGCCACAAAACAUUAUUUAGCACAAAUAACACUCGAUUAUUCGCACGCUACGCUUGAAAAAAAUAUAUCGAACUGCGUAGAUAUGGACAACUGCGAAAAAGGAUACGAUAACUCUGCGUGUAACCCAAAUGACGAUGUCGGUGUGGCGCAGAUACCGUCCAUCGAAAUGGACCGUGUGGCCGAUACCAGGAUGAAUGCAGUCGUCGUGACCGGAUGCUGCGGUGGCGGUCUGAACGGCAAUGGCAACCAUCAGUCAGGCGAUCAGUCUCCCGAAAACGGCUCGCCGGACGCUUGUCAGCCCAAAUGCCCAGCGGUCAGAUCGUCACCCUGGGAUCCACUAAAAACGCGGUUCGUGGCCGUCCUAACCAUAGCCAUGGUCGCGUGGGUGCUGAUUGGAGUUUUCGUCAAAAACCUGUAAAACGCGAAUAAUUACUGCAAUCACAAUAAUUCUCAAGCGAUAAUAUUUUAAACGAUGGCCGUUCCAACUGUGUUACUUACACAUUUAUACAUGUUAUAAAUAUAUGAUAUAUGAUGCAUUGUGUUCUUUUCAAUUAAUCACGUAAUGUAUCAUUACCUUAAAAUCUUACCACCUGGCACCCAAAAUUCUUCUUGACUUUCUCAAAAAUGUACAUUGCAACCGGGCUUGUCUCCUGCGAUUUUUAGCCACAAUACAUUCCUAUAUAAACACAUUAAAAUUAUAACAUAUUAUAUUAAUUUAUUAAUACUUUGAAAACUUUCUUCACCCAAAUUGUACAAUUAUCGCAUUUCUAAUAAUAUAUGGCAGUAUAAGUAAUGUACGUCUGCGGUGAUAAUGUACAGAUGAAUAUUGUUUUCAAAAUAUAUAAAUAAAAAGUCACGUUAAAAAUUAAUUGUAUUUAAUGAUGUUGUAUUUCAACUAAUCUAAUGAAUGUUUUAAAAUAAAUAAAUAUUAUACAUAAUGUACAAUGUAAAUAAACAUAUAUUUUACUA